UUUCACGUUUCUAUUUUGUAUUAUUAAUAAUGCAUUAAUAAUGUGUUGUCUAGUAGAUUAUAUUUUGCGAAGAGAUAAGCACUUAAACGAGUAAUAAUAGCGUAUUAAGAGAUCCAUAAGAGAAAUAUAAUCUGUUUUAGAUUAAAUAAUACUAAAUAAUUUUUACGUUUAUUUCAAGUUAAAUGAUACUUUUAAAAAAAAUUUUAGAAUAUUAAAUUAAAAAUGACAUGAAUAUUUAUAUUUAUCAAUAAAUUUUACAUUAUAUAUUUAGAUAUCAUAAAGAAAAUGUCGCUCCCUUUUAUAAUAUUCUAUCUAUAUUGUAAAUUACAUAUUGUACAAAUAGAUUAUUGUAUCUAAUCUGUGUAUUUAAAUGUGUAAUUUUAGGAAGCAUUUCUGCUACUGUUACAACCCCAUUGGACGUUGCCAAAACGAGGAUAAUGCUCGCUAACAGAACCAUGCUUUCAUCACAACUGACAGUAUAUUAAAUAUACUUCAUGAAACAUCUAGAAAAUGGCUUUCGUGGUCUAUUUGCUGGGCUUGGAUCAAGAUUAGCAUGGAUUAUAUUAGGAGGUUUCAUAUUCUUUGGCGUUUAUGAAGAAGCAAGAGUACUCCCAGACAUAUUUGAAAUUCUAAAAAACUGUUUCCAGAUCCGUCAUCGAUAAGAAAGGAUCGUGAUUCUCUGCGAUCCUGGUGGUCUCAGGACAAAAGGAACGACUCCUGCGGGACGACAUGGACGAUCGAGUGCUCGAUGAGAAGCAGUGGCGUCUGGAGGCGCAGGCGGUGAUCAACGAUGUGAGGAAACACGUGCAGGACCUGAGGGUAUCCGAACAGUUGAUCAGCACCAAUCAGGUCAUCUACCUGAACCUGACGACGCUCGAGGGUCUGCGGUUCUGCGUAGAACUAUCGGCAGCCGGUUUCGCCGUCGUCGGGAAUCGGCACGACGACACGUCCAACCUGGAUAAUGAACGCUUCGAGACACCCUACAGCCUCCUGGACUUCGUCAGUCCACGGUACAGGAACUCCUUCGGCAACUUGUUGCUGGAUAAAUUGAAGGAGCUGAGCGAUCGACGAUAAAUCUUAUCCGAAAUUGCAGAAAUGUUUCAGUAUGGCUUAGGAUUAAUUAAGUAAAUAGCAUAUAUUAAUUAGUCCUCAAGUACCUGUUUACUGUUAAUAUUAGUUAUUAUAUCGCGCGAUUUAGAAGAUUAAUCACAAUUUGUAAAAUUUAAUUCUGAGAAAAUUUCUUUGGGUAUUUACACUGUUUAUGCACAUCAGAAAUUUUUAAACGGAAUUAUUUAAAAUUUUUACUGUUUAAUUGCUCUGAUAAUGAAAUAAUAAUUUGUACGUUGAUUCGAUGCCAAAAAUAGCUAGAACAUAAAUUGAUAGAUACAUAGUACGCUGUAAAUAAGUAAUAUAUGCUAUAUAUUCUGUUUAA